AUGAGAAUAUUUUUAUUCUUAUACUGUAUUCUAGGUUACUAUUAUUACUGUGAUGCUACAAAAAAGUUUCCGGAAACCUUUAAAUUUGGAGUGGCGACUUCAGCGUAUCAAAUCGAAGGCGCUUGGAAUGAAGAUGGCAAAGGCGUCAGCAUAUGGGACCAUAUAACGCACACUAAACCCUACCAUAUCAAAGAUAAUUCCAAUGGUGAUGUAGCUUGCGAUUCCUACCAUAAAUACAAGGAAGAUGUGAUGUUACUAAAGGAUUUGGGUGUGGAUUUCUACAGAUUUUCCAUAUCUUGGACUAGAGUUCUCCCAAGUGGUUACGUGAAUAAGAUCAACUGGAAAGGAGUGGAGUACUACAAUAAUUUGAUUGAUGAGCUGUUGAAGAAUGAUAUAAAACCUAUGGUAACUCUAUAUCACUGGGAUCUUCCUCAAACUCUCCAGGAACUUGGUGGAUGGACAAACCCUCUCCUAGAAGAGUAUUACGCUGAAUACGCAAGGUUGUGCUUCAAACUUUUCGGCGAUAGAGUAAAACUAUGGACAACCUUCAACGAACCAGACUUGGUUUGCAGAAUGGGGUAUGGUAGGAACUUACUGGCGCCGGCUUACAAUAGCUCCGGCAUCGGAGACUAUCUCUGCGGCCAUACUCUUUUGAAGGCUCAUGCUAAAGCCUAUCACAUCUAUGAUGAUGACUUUAGAAAAGAACAGAAAGGGCAGAUAAUUAUAGUUUUGGAAUUUAAUUGGUUUAUGCCCAAGACUAAUACAACCAAGGAUAUAGGUGCAGCGGAAGCAGCCAGAGAUUUUUCGUUUGGUUGGUGGGCGCACCCAAUUUAUCUAGGAAACUACCCCAAAUCCAUGAUAGAUCUAGUAGCGAAAAAAAGCGCAAAACAAGGCUUUCCUAAAUCUAGGCUGCCCACUUUUACAGAAAAAGAAGUGGAAUAUAUUAAAGGGACCUCGGACUUUUUGGGUUUAAAUACGUAUACAACUUUUCUGGCUGCGCAUAUGGAAAAUACUAAUGAUACAAUUGUCAGUUCGAGACACGAUAUUGGUUAUUCUACAUCUAUUGAGCCUAAAUGGGAGGAUACGGCUAAUCCAUUGUUUAAGAUGGUUCCAUGGGGUACAAGGCAAAUGCUGAGGUGGAUAAAAGAACAUUACAACAGUCCUGAGAUUUUUAUCACGGAAAAUGGAUGUGCAGAUAAAGAUGCUUUGGAUGAUCAAUUAAGAAUCAAAUAUUAUAGGGAACAUCUUAAAUCAAUUUUGGACUCGAUGUAUGAGGAUAAAGUUAACGUAACCGGAUAUACAGCCUGGAGUCUGAUGGAUAAUUUUGAAUGGAUUGAUGGAUAUAGAACUAAAUUUGGCCUCUACCACGUAGACUUCACAAGUCCAAAUAGAACCAGAACACCUAAGUGUUCAGCGUCCUACAUAAAGAAACUAAUUAAAACUUACUGUCCAGUGGAAGAAUGCGAAUAACGUUUUAGUCUAUUAAAUUAUAUUUUUAAAUAAAUUAUUGAGAAAAUUCUGCAUUUUACAUAGGUACUAUAAAAAUACAGCAUAGCAUAGCAUAGCUUUUCAGGUUUUUUCGACCUGCCGUCAUGUACUUUUUUCUUUUGGCUUCUAGUGGUUGAGUAGAAUAGCUUAAAGCUAUACUUUGCCAUACUGAAGCA